CGGCUUGAUGUCUUAUGGCUACUUUGUAAAAUGUUCAUUAAACUGAUUUGUAUUUAUGCACUCAAAAAAUAUGGGUUCACGCAUAAUUCAUAAUUGGUUAAUGAUUUGCUGAAGAAAUUUCAGCUUUGAUGUUGUUUGAUGUUGAGGGCAAAAAAGCGCUUUUCUAAAAUUUGUAGACUUUCCAACACGUCAAUUUUUCAGGUGAUUGCCACUUUCUAAAGGAAGGAAGAAAUGUUGAAAAUCCUCAGUGUGUUUAUUUUGUAGAGCUUUUAUUCUCCACAAAAUCCAUAUAAAAAAUUUUGUGUUGAACAAGAUCUUCGAUUCUUAAAUCUUGUGCUCAAGCUCUUGUAAACACAAGAUCUAGAGUGAAAAAACUACCUUUUACGUUUUCGUUUUGUGUAUGAUCAAUGGCGUACCCAAGAUGUUAGACUGCUGGCCCGUGUUCCAUAGAGUCGAAAAAAUUCGGUGGACCUAGUCGAACAUUUUCUGCCUGGACAGGAAAUCUUUUCGACUACUGCCAGUUCUGAUACCGUCAUUGUCCGUGCUGCUCGUUAUCGUGGCAGUUUAAGAUUUUUAAGCGUCAUUUUUAUAUGGAAAAAUUGAAAAAGUUUUACGAACCUAUCUGGUCCUACGAUUUUGGAGAUAAAAAUCUUUCUUUUACUUCAUUCUGAUCGCGAUACUCGUGAGCAAAAAUUUAAACAUCCUUUUAGGAAAAUUUUGUUUUGUUGCCAAGAAAUCCAAUUUUUUCAAAAUCAGUAAAAUUCGGCUCGUAUGUCGUCGUUUCCUGUAUCAAAAUUCACUUUUUCGACACAAAAAAAGGCCAUUUUCUGAACUAGCAUUACAAACUAAGUCGAAAACUGUGUGUUUCGAGAUUAUCUCCAAAAUCAUAGGGCUAGAUAGGUUCGUAAAAUUGACCGGCAGCCCCUUCACCAUUCUGCUCAUGUUUUGCAGAUUCUGAGUACAAUUUAGCUUCUAAAUUUUCCAACAUUAGCUUUCUAGACUCAGUUAUCGGUGGAAACUAACUCAAAACUAGAAACUUUCCAUUUAUUUAUCUUUAUUAUUUAAAUGCAAAUGACAAAUUUAUAUUUAUCCAUUAUUAUCCGUGAACAAUAAAACCAAACUAACACUCCUACUUCAGACCAUAUGUCACAAGUGUGUUUUUUUUGGUUUGCGUAUGUACUUGAGUACGAUUUAGUCAUAGAUAUUGAUAAGAGCAAAUCGGUGUACACAAUAUCAUAAAGCAUAUAUUACUGUUUUUCCUGCAAUUCAGUAUUUUUCAAUUUUUUCAUCCAAAAAUGACGUUAAAAAACCUUAAAUUGGCUUUUUCCGAGGUAAGUCGAUGAGCUCCAUUCAACCAUGCCAGAAAGAAGGGAAACACAAAUCAUGCUAUCUUUCUGAUUUGGCAGCACCUUAUUUCGCUUUCAUGUCACAAGUAUUAUUCAGGAGUGGUGAGUGAGGGAAAUGCUUUGGGCUGAACACUCGAAAAAAUUUGGUAUUGGGCCAAUGCUCAGAUCGCAUUAGCCAUGGCCCGAUGGUCCACCUCAUAGUUACGCCUAAGUAUAUGAUAGCCAGUGCUGCAAGACAUACGAUCGUAUACGAUUAUAAGCGCUCCCUCGACUGGGUAUGUUUAAGCAACAAACAAAUUCGAAGUUAUUUUAGAUAUAAAAAUAAUUGCGUAUAUAUGCAAACAAGAGUGUAAAACAAAGCGGUGUUUUUAGAACUACCAAAACCUUGGAUUCAAGAUUUACUCUCUGAAGAUCUUGGUUAAGAACUUGCUGCAAGAAGCCAACAAAUCACAAGAUAUUCAAGAUACUGUCCCUAUUUUUGCCGCGAGUUUCCCGUUGCCUGACUUUCUUUGUAGCAAAAAUAUUAUCGAGUUUAACUCAAUCUGAGAUGAGUUAUUAGUGAACGAUUUUAUUGUUCAUUGUUUUGGAGAAGUCUAACGGCCUGGUGUGAUAAUCAAACCCAUAUUGACUUCUUCUCUCGUAAUCACGCCAGUACUCGACGAGCGAAGUGGUGAGCGUGCCAGAGGCACCGCACGUAACUACCACGCUGUCUGCUUUGAAGGGAUAAAGCCUUAUGUAUUAGUGCAGCGGACGGCUGACAGAGUAGUUUCCUCGUCUUGGUGGAUGAGAGUUUAAGUUAAGUACAUUUCCAGUCUGAGACCAACUGACUAGUGUUCAGAACGAAAUUUCGUUGGAUUUCGCAACAAGAAUACGAACAUUCGUCACAUCGGUCUGUUUGCUUCAUUUUUCCCGAUCAUAAUUUCUUAUAAUAUAAUUUUAAUAUAAUAAAUAAUUAUAAUUUUUUUAGUUGAGGAGUACGCUGAAGGAAAUUAGUUGUUUCUUGUACUGAGGUAUCCCAGCUACGCAUGUGUUUUUGAUUGCUCCUUGAUUGUUUUUAGUGUGUUUUGUAUGAUUGAUAUAAGCUAGAAUGUUUUCAAAAUUUUUUCCAUCUUGUGUACACCACGAGUGUCUCAACACAAGGCACAUCAAUAAUGCGUAGUUCUCUAUUCCUGAUUGAAAACAGUUGACUGUGUUUUAGAUUGAUCGGUUUCAAUAUUGAACACACUUGAAUCCUAUAUACCAGUAUCAACUGUAUCGGAUGCAAAUGAACUUGAAUCAGUAACAAAAAAGGUCGCUGAAAUAAUUGCUACAAUUGUUUGUAAUAAGGCAUCUUCUAAUGUAUGAUAAGUUAUGUAAUUUACAAGUGAGUUAAUAAAUGUUAAUUUGCCAACACAUACUUCACCCAUUAGCAAAAUAUAAAGAUCGUUAGGUGCGCUACUUAUUUGAAUAUCGAAUAACUUCGUGUUCGAUUGGUAUAGACCAUACACCCAAAAAAUCCCAGCAGUGUACAGAUCUCGAUUUCCUUGAGCCAUCGAAAAGAUCUCCUAUGAUCCGUCAAAAUCACAGAUUGAACGUUAGCUAUUUAUUUUGAUUGAUGAUGGCUGAUGAAUUGGUAAAUAAACAGCUUUGCAAUUAAUUCCUCCACUUUCGUUACAACGUAUAUAUAUUUUUAGAUUAAGAUCUGCCAGAUGACAAAAUCAGACUGCACACCGUAAAAACGUGUAUGAGUGCCCAGUCUGUUUCCUGUGACGGUCUGAAAUUCACAGCGGUGUGUAAAAUACAGACUCAGCAAUUAAUUCCCCAGCGGGCACAUCAACCGUCCACUUCGAAAUUCGAUGAUCUAUCUGUCCGCUGCACAUUCUUGUCAAGUAAGAAACUGGUAGCAAUCGGUAAAACUUUUAAAUGGAUCUUAUAUACGGCUUGAUGUCUUAUGGCUACUUUGUAAAAUGUUCAUUAAACUGAUUUGUAUUUAUGCACUCAAAAAAUAUGGGUUCACGCAUAAUUCAUAAUUGGUUAAUGAUUUGCUGAAGAAAUUUCAGCUUUUUUAACAUUCUUUCCUGACGAAGUAAGUACCUUUCUGGCUUCUCAUACCGUCUCCAUUUUAUUCUUCAUUUUAGAAAUUGAAUAGAAUUAUACAAUAAGUUCAAUUGGAGCUGGAUUGCAAAUAGAGUUUAUUCCAUCACAACUUAGUUACCUUACUUCGAUAUUGAGUUGACCGAGAUUAAGAAAACUGGUCCUACUAAUAGCUAUGAUGCUGCUGAUGUUGAAUAACAUUAUUGAAUGACAUCAUCAGUGUCGAUAAUCAUCGGUUUAGUCCUCCUAGUAUGAAGAUAAUGAUGAUCAACAACGAUGUUGCACAUCAACAUGCAAUUCUUUUAAUUGAAAAUAUUGCGUCUCUUUUUCUUUCCUCUUCCAUCUACCUUUACUGGGCAAGAGAGUGAUUCUCUCUUUUUCAUCGUUUCACUUUCACUUCUCUUCUUUCAUAUACAACACAUGAAAUUAUCGUUACGGUAUAAAUUCAGGAUAAAAUCACCUUUUUCACGUGAAACGACUAAUUUCAAAAUGAGACAGACGUUUCAUCUUUAUUCUAAAGACAUCAUCAAUCAAACCGAUAUGCAAAAAGUGAAUUCAAACAUAGAGAAAUAAGACUAACAGGUGUGUAGAACAACAAAAUAUUUUAACUUCUGUCGCCUUAUAUCGCCAUACAAUCUCAUAAAUUAAAGAGCGAGGUAAAAGAGAGUCUGCUCAUUGACAUUCAUAGUAAAAGAAAGUGAGAACUAUAUAUUCUCAAAAAAGACUUUUAUGUUGAACCUUUUUUAGGAUGAAUCACACUAUAAUAUAAAAGGUGAGAGAAGUUGAAAUAUUUUGUUGUCCUACACGCGUGUUAUUUUUAUUUCUCUAUGCUUGAAUUCACUUUUCGCAUAUCGGUUUGAUUGAUGAUGUCUUUAGAAUAAAGAUGAAACGUCUGUCUCAUUUUGAAAUUAGUCGUUUCACGUGAAAAAGUGAUUUUAUUCUUAAUUUUUAUUGUAAAAUUUGUCAUCUCAAACAAUGAUUCUAUCGUUACAGUGUUGUUUUUGGAGCAGCUAAACGUUCGACAUUUUUAUCCGGUAACAUGGCCACCAUGAGACGAGUCUCCGUAGUCGGGGUGAUUGGUGGCGAUGAUGGAAGUGGAUGCGCACGUUUGGUCGGUCGCGAGCUGGCGAAAAAUGGGUGCGUUGUUCUGACCGGCGGUUGUGCAAAGGAUAAUAGAAGCGAAACAAAAUAUGCAGCCAUCAUGGGCGCCCUCGAUGCCGAGCAAUGCAGCGAAGGACUUGCACGUUAUAUUGGGAUUAUGCCAGGCAGUACCACAGGCGAACUUCGUUUUGAGUGUUUGUCACCCAGACAGCUUGUCAUCCACAGCGGAUUAAGCAGCAUGGAUCGCGAUCCAAUGAACGGGAUAACACCGGACGUGCUUGUGUGCUUGGGGGUAUCACAUAGUCGUCAAGAAAUCAUUGAAAAACAUCGUCAAUCCUACCAGUAUCGAUAUCAAAUGGCAUGGACACGCCGGCAAGUGACUUGGUACACAUUAGCCGUCAACAAUUUCCCCAUCUCCAAAAUUCAAUGA